AUGAUUGAAAGAACCAGUGUAUUUUGACACAUGUGAGACACCGUAGCUCCGCCCUGAUUUCAAGCACAUGAUAACUGUCUAAAUAAUAGCUUGGCACUACUGUGAAGAACUGUAUCUGACUACUUCUCUAAACGCGAUUUUGACAUGAGUUCAUUAAAAGAAAAGACAAUUACUGUUGUCGGAAGUGGGCUCAUUGGCCGUUCCUGGGCCAUGGUGUUCCUGAGUGGAGGAUACAAGGUCAAGAUCUACGACAACAAAGCAGGGCAAGCCUCGGCGGCCAUCUCAGAGAUCAAGAAACAGCUUGUGGAGCUUCAGCAGGCCAGAAUGCUCAGAGGAAAUCUCAGCGCGGCAGAGCAGCUGAGUCUGCUCAGCAGUCAUGAUGACCUGCAGCAAGCUCUAGAGGGAGCCUACUUUGUCCAGGAGUGUGUGUUUGAGGAUCUGGAAGCCAAGCAGACAGUCUUUCAAGAGGUGGAGAAUCUUGUCACAGAAAACGUGAUUCUCAGUAGCUCUACUUCCUGCCUGAUGCCAAGCAACGUGUUUUGUCGGGUCAAGAACCAAACUCGAUGUAUUAUAUCUCAUCCGGUAAACCCUCCAUACUAUGUGCGUCUGGUUGAGCUGGUGCCACACCCGAAAACACAUGAAACUGUCAUGGAUGUCGCAUAUUCACUGAUGACCGAUGUUGGUCAGGCACCUGUGCGUCUCAGGAAGGAGAUUGACGGUUUUGCGUUGAACCGGGUUCAGUAUGCAAUCAUAGCAGAGUCCUGGAGGCUGGUUCAGUUUGAAGGCUACCCCACAAUAGAUUUCCAGCUCGGAGUUCAUUUGGGACCUUUGAGAGAGAGCCAGUUCUGGAAAGUAGAGCAGCUGGGAAAGGAUGGUGUGAUCUCAGUGAAGGACAUUGAUCUGGUGAUGUCAGAGGGCCUAGGCAUGCGCUACGCCUUCCUAGGCCCCAUUGAAACCAUGCAUCUCAACGCACCAGAAGGUAUAGAAGACUAUCUCCAGCGCUACAGUGAGGGCAUCAAAAGGGUUCUUACUACUUUUGGACCUGUUCCAGAAUUUUCAGGAGAGGCAGCAGCUAGAAUUACAAAAGAGAUCUCAGAGUUGAUCCCUGGAGAUCAGGAGCACCUCACAGGCAGGAGAGAGAGAAGAGAUCAGAUGCUGAUGGGUCUGGCUAAGCUGAAGAAAUGAUGCAUUCUCCAUACGAUACUAUAGCUGAAUGGAAGUGGGUAUACUGUAAAUCAUCUGAGCCAAUGAUGUCUGGAGUACAACAUGGAAGAUCAACAUCAUAAUUAAAAGAUGACUGUAACAAAACAUAACCUUAAAUGGUUUAAGGGAGUGAACAUGCAGUCAUUUUCAUAUAAUUAUACGUAGAAUGUUGACAAAGAUAUAUUAAGGAUCUUUUAAAGUCUGUUCUUGCUACAAAAGUUUCAUUGAAACAAUUGAAGCACUUUUUUGCUAAUGGUGUAAUAAAAGGAAAAUACAAACAA